GCGCUCUGACCACUGCAACUUUUGCAGAGACUCCUCACUCCACAGACAUGUCGCACAAUAGCUGAAGUAAAUCUGUCAUCGUGGCUCAUCAUCCGAGCCCGGAAAAAAAAAGAACGCACCGUGGGCGCACGGCCUCUCCUCUGGCCCCUCUUCCUCGUGUCGGACCCUGCGUUUUUGGAGGAAGGAGGAAAAAUAAAACACGCCUGGAUAUGAAUUAUGAGCAUUUUUCGCACUAAUGAACUGGGCCAGUAAUGCAGGAGACCGCGGCGACCCUCUCAUCAGUGUUUCAAGAUGGCAGAUUUUUAUUGAGUUUUGAACAGAAAUCUCGCUUUAUUUUCUGCCAUGAAUAACAGAAAUCCUUGCACCGAUGGCCCCUGUAUACGAAGGUAUGGCCUCGCAAGUGCAAGUGUUCUCCCCUCACACUCUCCAGUCAAGUGCCUUCUUUAGCGUGAAGAAACUGAAGGUGGAGCAGAGUUGUAACUGGGAUAUGACAGGGUACGGCACACACAGCAAAGUCUACACCCACAACAGCAGCAAGAACGUGUCGGCCACCAGUGGCCCCCUUGGCAUCAACAGCUCCCUGCAGGUCGCCAGCUCCACCCUGCCCUACGAGCAGGCUCUCAUCUUCCCAGCCAGCGCGGGCCACAUUGUGGUCGCCUCAGCCAGCAGCACUUCGGGGGCCGUGGGGUCUCUGCUGGGCAGCGGGGGUGGAGGCGGCAGCAGCAGCAACAGUAGUGGUGGAGGUGGCGGGGGUGGUAGCGGUGUGGGUGGCGCCGUUGGGGUUCACAACCUGACACGCCGCAGCACCGUCAGUCUCCUGGACACCUACCAGCGAUGCGGGCUUAAGCGCAAGAGUGAGGAGCUUGACAACAACAGCAGCGUGCAGAUCAUUGAGGAGCACGGCCCACCCAUGAUCCAGAACGGAGCGGCCAGCGGGGCCACGGUGGCCACGGUGGCCACCGCCACCUCCACAGCGACGUCCAAGAACAGCGGCUCCAACAAUGAGGGGGACUACCAGCUGGUGCAGCAUGAGGUGCUCUGCUCCAUGACCAACACCUACGAAGUCUUGGAGUUCCUGGGACGAGGUACCUUCGGACAGGUGGUCAAGUGCUGGAAGAGGGGUACUAACGAGAUAGUGGCGAUCAAGAUCUUGAAGAACCACCCUUCGUACGCACGGCAGGGUCAGAUCGAGGUCAGCAUCCUUGCACGUCUCAGCACGGAGAGCGCAGAUGACUACAACUUUGUGAGGGCCUACGAGUGCUUCCAGCACAAGAACCACACGUGCCUGGUGUUUGAGAUGUUGGAGCAGAACCUGUACGAUUUCCUCAAGCAGAACAAGUUCAGUCCUCUGCCACUCAAAUACAUCAGACCCGUGCUGCAGCAGGUGGCCACAGCUCUAAUGAAACUAAAGAGCCUGGGGCUGAUUCACGCUGACCUGAAGCCAGAGAACAUCAUGCUCGUGGAUCCAUCUCGGCAGCCCUACAGAGUCAAAGUCAUUGACUUCGGCUCCGCCAGCCACGUGUCCAAAGCGGUCUGCUCCACAUAUCUACAGUCCAGAUACUACAGGGCUCCAGAGAUCAUCCUGGGCCUGCCGUUCUGUGAAGCUAUAGACAUGUGGUCCUUGGGCUGUGUAAUAGCCGAGCUCUUCCUGGGAUGGCCCCUCUACCCCGGAGCGUCAGAGUACGAUCAGAUCCGGUACAUCUCACAGACACAGGGUCUGCCUGCAGAGUAUCUGUUAAGUGCAGGGACAAAGACCACCAGGUUCUUCAACCGAGAUCCAGACUCCACCUAUCCUCUCUGGAGACUAAAGACUCCAGAGGACCACGAGGGUGAAACGGGGAUCAAGUCCAAGGAGGCUCGCAAGUACAUCUUCAACUGCUUGGAUGAUAUGGCGCAGGUGAACAUGACGUCGGACCUGGAGGGGAGCGACAUGCUGGCGGAGAAGGCCGACAGGAGGGAGUUCAUCGACUUGUUGACCAAGAUGCUGACCAUCGACGCGGACAAGAGGAUCACCCCUAUCGAAACGCUCAACCACCCCUUCGUCACCAUGUCCCAUCUCCUCGAUUUCCCGCACAGCACACACGUGAAGUCGUGCUUCCAGAACAUGGAGAUCUGCAAGCGGCGCGUCAACAUGUACGACACCGUCAACCAGAGCAAGACGCCCUUCAUCACCCACGUGGCCCCCAGCACCUCCACCAACCUCACCAUGACCUUCAACAACCAGCUGAACACUGUGCACAGCCAGGCCACCAACCUGGCUCCCUCCUCCACCACCAACAAUGCCACCCUUUCCUUUGCAAGUCCCGAUGUCUCCAUACUAAACUACCAAUCUGCACUCUACCAGCCCUCCGCUGCCUCCAUGGCAGCUGUGGCCCAGAGGAGCAUGCCCCUGCAGCCGGGGGCUCCUCAGCUCUGCGCUGCCCGGCCUGACCCCUUCCAGCAGGCGCUCAUAGUCUGCCCACCUGGUUUCCAAGGGCUGCAGGCGUCCCCUUCCAAACACACCAGUUACUCCGUGCGGAUGGAGAACGCCGUUCCCAUCGUGACACAAGCCCCUGGUGCCCAGCCUCUGCAGAUUCAGCCCGGCCUCCUCACACAGCAGGCCUGGCCCAGCGGCACCCAGCAGAUCCUGCUGCCUCCAGCCUGGCAGCAGCUCACCCACACCUCAGUCCAGCACGCCACUGUCAUCCCCGACUCCAUGAGCAGCACACAGACGCUCGCCAACUGGAGGAAUUCUCAUCCUCAUGGCAGCCAUUAUAAUCCCAUCAUGCAACAGCCAGCCUUGUUGGCCGGCCACGUCACACUCCCAUCCAACCAGACACUCAAUGUGGGAGUGGCACAUGUUAUGAGGCAGCCCUCAACCAAUAACAACUCCUCUUCCAAAAAGAACAAACAGCACCAGAUGUCUGCCAGGAACAUGUCGGCCUACGAGGUGUCGUCCUCUCAAGUGGUGCUGUCCCCGCAGCGCUCCAAGAGGGUGAAAGAGAACACGCCCCCCCGGUGCGCCGUGCUGCAGAACGGCCCGGCCUCCAACUGCCCGCCCCCGCAGGGUUGCGGUGGCGGCGGCGGUGGCGGCACCGGGUGGGGGGCUAGCGAGGCGGAGCAGGCGUCAAGCACCACCCGGAACCACCAGCACCAGCACCACGCCCCCAGACAGACCAUCAUCAUCCCGGACACGCCCAGCCCCGCGGUCAGCAUCAUCACCAUCAGCAGCGACACGGACGAAGAGGACGACCACAAACAAAACAACAGCUCGUCUUCUAAGCAGAGAAAGAAUGUCAUCAGUUGUGUAACGGUCCAUGAUUCACCAGACUCUGACUGUUCCAGCAACAACAGUCCCUACACCGUGGAGUCGAGAGCCCCCAAUAACAACAGCUACGACACAAAGACCACCAUCCUGGACAACUACAACAACGGGAACCCCCGCACCAUCAUCAUCCCACCUCUCAAAACCCAGAACAACGACGUCCCGAAUGAGUGCGAGCGCCUGAUGCCAGAUGCAAUGAACCAUCAGAAUUCAGCGUACAAGUUCAAAUCCUCCAAUGGAUUGGCGUCUGGCAAUAAUCACAUAACAGGGGGCUUAUCUGGAGGCGGGUCCUACCGACAGCAGCGCUCAGGGCCACACCCUCUCCAGCAGCAGCCUCUCAAUCUCAGCCAGGCCCAGCAGCACAUGGUAGCCGAGCGAAACGGAGCACAUCGGCGCCAGCAAGCCUACAUCACCCCCAACAUCGCUGCCCAAGCCCCGUACUCCUUCCAUCACAACAGCCCCUCGCACACGGGCAACGUCCACCCGCACCUGGCCGCGACGCACCUGCCCAGCCAGCCCCACCUCUACACCUACACGGCCCCCGCCGCUCUGGGCUCCACCAGCACCGUGGCCCACCUGGUGGCGUCGCAGGGCUCGGCUCGCCACGCGGUCCAGCACGGAAGCUACCCCCCGAGCAUCGUCCACCAGGUCCCGGUCAGCAUGGGCCACCGCGUCCUGCCCUCCCCCACCCUGCACCACAGCCAGUACCAGGCCCAGUUCGCCCAUCAAGCCUACAUCAGCGCCUCCCCCGCCUCCACUGUCUACACUGGAUACCCGCUGAGCCCCACCAAGGUCAACCAGUACCCUUACCUCUAGAGAAGACACUGACCGACACUGGAGAGCCUGACCCGGCGCUGCUGCUUCCCUCCACCGCGCCCCCUCUACCCAACUCACCCCUUUACCCAACCCCCCGGAGCCCCGUCGACAUCCUCCUUCCUCGACCUCAGACAUAAACAGAGACAGAGGAACAUGCAAUCCUCAUGAAACUGUCACGUAUAACUUGAAGAUAUAACGACAGAGAGAAAAAGAAAAAAAUACGAUUUGCAGCCUCUCUAGAAGGGAAAGACGGGGGUUGAUUUUCAGAGGGGUACAGUUCAAGAAGUUUUUCUUUUGAUCGUUUUUGUUUUCGAAGGGCCAGUUAUUGCUUUUAUUUGCCUUUUUUUUUUUUUGCUUUACUUUAUGGGAAUAAGUGAUGUCUCGUUUGUUUAACAGGGAAGUUUGAAGCAGGCCCUUUGGGACAGUGGACGUUUUCUGGUUUGUUUUUUUUGGUUUUGUACUGUUUUGUUUUUUUAUUUCUCCCCUCUCAUAUUUGGGAAGUGACUGUUGAACAGGGGUUACUGACUGGAAGUUUGGAAUCCCAAGGGAUUUGGGAAAAAGGUGAAAUACGGAAACCUGCUGCUCUUCAAAGAAAAAAAAUAUUGAUGGCCUUGAACUGUCUUAGUAUUUCCAAAUCAUUCACGGUGUGGGGAGAAAAGAGAGGCUACUCCUCCCACUCCACCUUCUCCAGCAGAGGAGGCUUCUGGAAAUAUAACCAACAGGAGACAACAAACUUUUUUUGUGUGUAUUUAUAGAUAUUUUUCCUUUCACUUUUAUGAUGAUACUUCAGUUUUAGCUAGGUGUCUUAGCUGGGCCCCGUUCUUAGAAUGUAGCAGUCUGCACCUGUUUGUUUCAAGAUGAAAACUUUUUUUUUUCCUCCCCCCCUGAUACCAAUAGACCUUCUUUUUUCAAUGUGAUUGCACAAAGUGGUUAUAAUAACAUAGGCAUGUACAAUGUGAUUGUCUGUGUGUGCUACUGUCAGCCAUGCGUGUGUAGUCCACCUCUUCAAAAAAAAAAAAAACCCUCUUCAGUCUUUAGGUUUCGACCAUUGUUUCCCUCGUAGUGCCUUACACAUAUACUGCCCAGCCAAAAAAAAAAAAAAAAAAAAAUGUUGCCACCUGGAUUUAACAAAGCAAACAGGUACGAGUCUCCUAUUGGAUAAUUACUGCAUGGGCGAUUAUGUUCAUCGAUGUGGAAAGACACCAUCCAGUAGUCGUGGAAAACAUGCUUGAGAAGGGUCAAAUCAUUGGUAUGCAUCAAGCAGAGAAAACAUCUGAGGAGAUUGAAGCAGAAACUACUAAAAUUGGGUUAAGGACCAUCCAACACAUCAUUAAAAACUAGAAACGUAGUUGAGAACCAUCGUCUUCGAGGAAGAAAUGUGGUUGGAUAAAAAUCCUGAUUAAUGGUGAUGGUUUUAUGGAAUCAAAUUGAAGUAAAACAACAGUAGAACUCAGGGCUGAUGUUUAAUAGUGAAAAUAAGAUCAACUCCACAUGUACAAUAUGAAGGGAACUCAAGGGAUGGGAAUGAACAGCUGUGUAGCUUUAAGAAAACCACUAAUCAGUGAGGCUAACUGGGAAAAAAGGCUUCAAUCUACUAGGGAGCAUGAAGAUUGAACUUUGGAGACAUGGAAGGGGGCAUCAGGGUAAGAAAAGAGGCAGAUAAAGUGAUGCCCCCAUCAUGCUUAGUGUCUACUGUACAAGCCUGUAGGUGCAGCGCUAUGAUCUGGAGUUGCUGCAGUUGCUCAGGUCUAAGUUCAGCAACAUUGUGCCCAAAGAAUGAGGUCAGCUGACUACCUGAACAUACUGAAUGACCAGGUUAUUCCAAAAAUGGAGUUUUUCCUUCCCUGAUGGGCAUAUUCCAACAUGGCGGCGUAUUAGCAUUCAUGGGGCUCAAAUUGUUAAAGGCCACCACAGAGUCCAGACCUGAACCUCAUUGAGAAUCUGUGGGCUAUGAUCAGCGGUCAGACUCUCCCAUCAAUCAUCAAUACAAGAUGUUGGUGAAAAAUGAAUGAAUGCAACACUGGAACAUUACUAAAGCAUGGAGACAAUGCUAACGUGAUCAGAGCUAAAGGUGGUCCAAUGAAAUAUUAGAGUGGCAACUUUUUUUUUUUUUUUUUGGCCAGGCAGUGUAUAACAACACAGUUUACUUGGCUUGGAUCCUGAAAAGCCACAAGAGACUAUAGCUAUACUUAGAGAGACAUGUUUCCCUGGCUUGACAACCUAAAUCGGGGCGCUUGUACGUAGCUCUCUUCCAGGUGUAGGCUCAGCCCUUUGCUGUUUCUUGUUCCUUAACGACAGCAUACCAUAGACGAUGAAGAUUAAUGUCAGAGACUCGUCUUCUCUGCGCUAUUUUAUUGUGUGUGCAUGAGAUAACUUGCCUGGGGUACUUACCAAAGUUAUAGAUACAUUCUUGUCACAUUUGCUCUGGAUAUUGAUGUAAAUAUGAACAUGUACAGAAUAGCUGUAGCUAUGUAGUGAAUCACAGUGGUGCCCGAAACGUGGCUUUAGUUUGGGGUAUUUGUUUUAAUCACGCAGGGGGAUUUCGUGACCACGGAGCAAAGCUCAGUUUUCAGGAGUGAGUGUAAUGUUUGAGACACAGUAGAGGUCUUUUUUUUUUUUUUUUGUCGUCGUUUUGUUUUAAGGUUAAAAGCUAGUCCGAGGGAAGGGCCUUACAGGAAGUGAUUGUUGCCGUGAGGGUGGUUCUGUGAGGCUGCAGAUAGCCUAGCGAGGGUUGUUCGAGAGAGUGAUGUACUGUGCAGGCAUGAGUUAAGAGGCGGGUUGAGAGCGUAGGGUCAGUUUAGGAGAAGGGAGGGCAGGGGGCGAAACUCUCUGAUCUUAAACGGGACUAAAAUGGUAGCAAGUUGGCAAUGAGCAGGUUGAUAGUAAUACUGAGCCCGGGUGGUUGGUGGGAGCCCGCGGAGGGCGCACUGCCGUACCCGAACGUCAAGCUCACACCGUGAAUUCUUUCGUCCUGUUGCUGUUCGUUUGACGAUUGGAAGUCGGGGCUGCGUGCCCGAGGCUCGGUUAGCAUCUCGGCAGGAAGCAGGGCGGAGCAGAAGGGAAAAAGGCCACAGCGUACACCUGGAAGGGCACCUUGUGGAUGGUUUGUCGCCACUGUCCAUUUGUCUUCGAACCAGGUACACACCACAGACAUCACGCCACGCCACUCCGGCCAGACGGACGGGACACCUGAACACUUAGAGAACCGAUAGGGCUGUCGCUUAGUGUGUUUGCUGCUUGAUUUAAAAAGACAAAAACAAAAAAACUUCACUUUCUCGUAGCCAAUAAUACAAAUAACACCCUCCCUCCCUCCCUCCCCCCCCACACACACACACAUGGGCACAUCAGAACUACUGGUGGUUUAGUGAAAGCCCCCCCCCCCCCCCCCCCUCUCCUUCUCCAUAGUAUGCCAUAGUACUUGCAUUUGAAGUUUUUAACUUUUUAUUUCUGACAUGGCUGUAAUACAUGUUGUGUUUAUUUUUAGAGAUUGUUGCAAUAAUUCUCGUGGAUGUUUUAUCAGAGUGUGUGUGUGUGUGUGCGUGUGCGUGUGUGUUUUUAUUAUAUGUCAGGCUCAUUUCUAUUUUGUAUCCUGGGCGGGGGUUGGUGGGCGGAUCGGUCGGGGAGGGAGGGAGGGGGGAGGGUGGGGGGGUGUACAGUGAUGUUUAAGUAUUCCGUGGAAGGUGGGGAAGGUGCACCUGUGUAAAGUGUUGCACUCAGCGCUCGCUGAAGACGGCGAGUGUUGAGCAGAUGAUAAUCCACCGGGGGCCCAGGUUUGAAAUCCAACAGUCUCCCCCCUCCCUCCCUCCUUCCCUCCCUCCCCCCCGAUGGGCCCCCGGAGUGGUCUGUCAUCCUGGUACUUUCCUCAAAAACUCUGCACUCCCCGUCAGCUCCAGCAUGCAAGCCUCGGGUCCGGGCACUUAAAGAUGUGAUUACAUAGUAUGUUUCUGGUUACAUCCUUUGACUCUGUUCUGUUUUUGUUUUUUAAAUCUUUUUUUUUUAAUUUAAUUUUCAUUUUAUCUACUUAAUUGUCUCUAGGUCGUCGUCGGGGCCUAAGCACACGCGCAUAAGGGAGAUGAUUUUUCCAUUGGCUUCUCUGCUAUGAGACAAACUACUGAAACAUUCCACUGUUUGAGGGAAUUUGGCAUUAUACCCCAUGCUACACUGCUGUCCCGUCCCCGCGCGCUUGAACAGCACGGGGGACGAUGUUGUCACACUUUUUUGCUCGCCAAAGAAUUUGUCAGAUCCACCGUGUUACAGCACAGCACAGCACAGCACAGUCGCAGUGCAGCGUUGCUAGAGCAGACGGGCAAUAACUUCUGGUUUCAUCUUUAACAAAUGCUUUACCAAGUGCUAAUGAGGACUGAUCCACGUGCGCAUACAUUUGAUGUACUCCAUGCAGCCGCAAAUUCCUGGAAAUUCAACCACGAGAAGCAGUUCAUGUAGAAUUUUGAUUUUUUUUCUGUUCAUAAUUCGUCACUCUUGCCCCGAAUCUAGAUUUAAAUCAAUAAUUAUUUAACCCCUCUCCAAAUAGUUGUUUUUAUUAUUAUUAUUGUUAUUAUUAUUAUUGAAGCCAGUUUUUUUUUUCUGUUUUUGAUGUUUUGGUGUCGCGUUAUUAGUGUUGUCAGAAAAUCAUUUUGCAAAAAGUAAAAAAAAAAAAAAAAAAAAAUCACAAUAGCGUGCCAUGGAAUAGAAUGACCUGUAAAGAUGAAUUAAUCAAAACCUGUACCAACUAUACCUUUAAAAACCACGGUCACCUGCACAAAAUGAAUGUAAUACGUGACCUGCGACAUCUGACAAUGGCUUUAGAUCUUGUGACCGAUUAAUUACUUUCAUUUCCACGUCGUUUUGUGGCCAUGCAUGAUGCAAUAAUUAUACGCCUGAACUCCAGCGGAAUCCCAUGAUUUAGUGUAAAGUUACCACCGUCCUCCUAUCUGGAGGGGGGGACGUCAUCGAAUAGUCACUAUUUUCUCAAACGAAACAUCCAGAUAAGAGGAACCUCGUAUGCCCAGUUUUUUGUGGAAAAUGUGUGCGAUACACUUUGUCUGUCAUUCUGUUUCACAUAACCGAUGUGUUUGUGUUUUUAUAAGAGAAAGGGGAAUCAGAAAUGUGAGCAUUAAUGUAGACUGAGUGACCUUACAAUUACCAAAAUGUGCUUAAGUAGAGUGUUAAGAUGUUUUUUUUUUUCCCUCCUCGCUGAGGUGAGUGUAGCCUUCCCAGCUAGCAACUUUUAUUGUUAAGUACUGCCUUCCAAAUAACCAACAAUACCUCCAAAGCUUUAAAGGUGACACUUAAAAUUAGAGAAAAACUAAAAAAAAAAAGGCAGCGUCCCUCCAGCAUCCCCGUGAAGCCUUCUUGCAUCCUCCAAGUACGAAACACGCUCAAACUUCCAAUUCAUGGUGUUAUUGUGCAUGCUACUCAUCCCGGAGCUUUGGAAACACUCGGAAACAUUCCUGAGAACAUGGCGCACCGUUCAGUGCUGCAUUAGUAUUCUUUUGAACAAACUCCUCGACUUGAAGCUAAGUAAAGCAAACAGGCGAAACGCAACAUCGAACCACACACUUCAUUUUUUUUUUUUUUGUUUUGUUUUGUUUGGCAAAGCUGCUUCCCAAAGUGCAAAGGAGCUAAGGACACGUGUUAGGUGGAUAAAUCAUGUGCUGAUGAACUUUCUGUCACCGGGAAAUUCACAAAGCGUUCUUAAAGCCCAUUAAGAUAGACGUGUUUUUUUUUUUUUAAACCUUUGUUAAAAGGGGGAUCUGCUCCUUUUUGAUGGCUAUUCCUUGGGGGAAUUCAGGGUGAGGUGGUCAGGGUUUGAUGCCGACACAGAUUGGCGUCGGGGUUAUGUGGGAACGUAUGAAUUUAAGAACCAAAACCGAUGCGACUUUCAACCGUCUUCAGUCGUUCGUAUCCUUGACAAGGCAAGCAUACGGACUGAUUUCUUCCAGCUAAUUUGCUCGACCUUACAACAUGAAAUUAUCUGUCCUACCCCGUCGGUUUUUCAGUGACUAAUAGUUAUUUCUCCGGUGUUAAUAAGUGGAAUCUGGACACGGUAGACCAAAGCUACAUUCAAAGCCAUACGCCCCCGUUCAAAAAAAUUAUCCGGAAUCGCGUCACAAUUCCAUUUCAGAUUCUCUAAAUUUGUGUAGCUGAAGUUGCUGAAUAGCUACUUGCACAAUGCCAUUUGCGAAAUACGUUUUCUGAAGACCUAAGAGCGCAUCAGGCCCUGACCCCCUUUUGUGUCCAUUGCUGUAUGGUUUCUCAAUGGUGUAAAAUCUCAUUCUUUGUCGAUAAAGCUAACGUGUGCUGCAGUAUUUCCUAGUAUACUUCUCUGUUAAUUGUCUUUUUCUUAUUUACUUUUUUUGUUUAUCGGGGUGUGAUGUCUCAUUAUUUCAAUCUGUUGAUGUAGCGUUCUAUGUAUACCCUGUUCCUUAGCCUAAUAUUAUUAAGUAUGUUACGAGAAUGGAUAUUUUACUGGCUUUAUAGAAUGUCUAAAUAAAUAUAAUAAUGACAAUAAGAAAAAGGAUUAAUUAAACCUCCUAACAAGUUGAAUACUUGCUACUAAGCGCUUGUGUUACCAUUAUGAUGUUGUGUGCUUCUCUUAAUCAUUUUCGUUGUAGAAAAAUGGAGUGAAUUUAUAUUAGGCUUCGACAAAACUAAUGAUAGCAUUGUAAAUUUCACAGGAGGAUUUUAACAGACAAACAGCUUCGUCAAAUAGAAGAAUAUAGUUAUUUUAAUUGUCCUCUUUACUAACUGUAGGGUGAGAAGGGGCUCGCGUUGUGGUGAACUAUGUUAUAGCUUGUUAUUCACUGUUACUUUUGAUCAUUUUUUCGGUCUCCGAGGUGAAUCGAGUUAUUAAUGAGAAUUUGUAUGCUCACAUAUGCAUAUUGUAUAUGUGUAGAAAUGUAAUCACACUUUGUCUUGGAUUUACAUUAAACUGUUAAGUCACGGCA